AUGGGGGCGCGGAGGAUGCCAUGCGGCUGGAGACUGCUCUUCUUCCUCGGGUUGCUUGCCGAGGUCCAUGGCUCUUCGUCUCCGGGGGUUAAGGCAGUAGCUGAUGCUCUCCCUCCUACCUCUAGGCUCUUCCCUGCUGAAGUGCGCACUCUUCGCCGGAUCGCGGCAAAUAUGGGGAUAUCACAUUGGAACUUCUCCGCCAAUCCAUGUGGCUCCGGCGGCGGCUUGGAGUGUGACUGCUCCUUCAACAACAAUACCAUGUGCCAUGCCACUGAGAUAUUCCUCAGGGGCCAGAACUUCACCGGCCAGCUCCCACCAGAUUUUGCUGAUCUCCCUAAUCUCCUCCAGCUACACCUAAGCAGGAGCUUGUUCCAUGGCACGGUGCCUGACCGGUGGGCCCGGAUGAAGUUGCAAGGACUGUCACUAAUGGGAAACAGAUUGUCAGGGCCUUUUCCCAUGGCUCUUACGAGAAUCACAACCUUGACUAACCUGAGCAUUGAAGCAAAUGAGUUCCGUGGGCAAAUCCCAGUUGAAAUUGGGCAUCUCAUGCAACUGGAGAAGCUGAUAAUAUCAACCAACGAGUUCACUGGACCCCUGCCGGCUGCUCUUUCCUUGCUGACCAAUUUGACCGACUUAAGGAUUUCUGGAAACAAUUUAUCUGGAAGAGUUCCUGAUUUCUUGGCUAAACUGACAAAGCUUGGAAAACUGCAAAUCGAAGGAUCUUUGCUGGAAGGGCCUAUUCCCCUGGGCUUAUCCAAAUUGACAAACCUUUCUGAUCUGAGAAUUAGUGAUCUGAGAGACAGUGGAUCAGUUUUCCCGGAUCUAAGAGGAAUGCAAUCGAUGAAAGCAUUGGUCCUUAGGAAUUGUUCAAUCAGCGGGGGAAUCCCUUCUUACAUAUGGAGCAUGGAAAAUCUCACGCAUCUGGAUCUGAGCUUUAAUGAACUGACAGGAAAAGUAACAGAUUCGUUCACUAAUAGGGGAACCGUAGAUUACAUAUAUCUAACUGGAAAUUCACUCACUGGGAACAUACCUGAUUGGCUAUUGCGAAGCAACAGCAUUGUGGACCUCUCUUUUAAUAAUUUCACAAUUGGGAGCUCAGGUCGUCCUACUCAAUGUCAAGGGAGCGCCAAUCUAGUGGAGAGUUAUUCACCUGAAAUGAACAGCUUAAAUAAUGUCCAGCCAUGCUUGAAGAAGAACUUCCCAUGUGCUUCGAAUGGACAAUACAGAUCAUCCUUGCAUAUCAAUUGUGGAGACAAAGAAGCAAUUGUCAAUGGCGUAAAAUAUGAAGGUGACACCACACCAAAAGGUGCUUCCAUGUUGUAUGUAAGCCCAGAUAACUGGGCAUUCAGCAGCACUGGGAACUUCAUGGACGACAACAUCAAUGAUGACAACUACAUUGUGUCAAGCACAUCAAAACUGACCAUGCCCAACUCCAAGUUGUAUGCAAGAGCACGCCUUUCUCCUCUUUCGCUCACAUAUUAUGGGCUUUGUAUGCAUAAUGGGAGCUACACAGUUAAACUCCAUUUUGCCGAAAUUAUAUUUACCAAUGACAGCACAUACUACAGCCUUGGCAAAAGAAAAUUCAAUGUGUUCAUACAGGGAAGAAUGGUGCUAGAGGAUUUUGAUAUUGAGAAAUCUGCUGGUGGGGCUGGAAAGCUAGUCAUCAAGACUUUCAUAACGUAUGUCACAAAUCAUACACUGGAAAUUCAAUUCUAUUGGGCAGGAAGAGGGACAACAGGCAUUCCAAAAAGAGGAUUCUACGGCCCUCUAAUAUCUGCAAUAUCAGUAACUCCAAACUUCCAAAUUCCUUUGGCUGUUGAACCUCCCCGUAGUGGCAGUGGCACAAAUACUUCCAGGACAUCUAAAGCUUUGCUGAUUGGAGCCCCAAUUAUUGCGAUAUUCACUGCUCUUGUUGUUGGCAUCUACUGGAUUAAGCGACGACGGAAGAACUUGGUGAAUCAAGAUCUCCGGGCACUUGACCUCCAAAUUGGCUCAUUUACCUUGAGACAAAUCAAAGCAGCAACUAGGAACUUUGAUCCAGCCAACAAGAUUGGCGAAGGUGGUUUUGGUUCAGUUUACAAGGGUUCGUUGUCCGAUGGCACCAUUAUUGCUGUCAAACAGCUAUCAUCAAAGUCCAAGCAAGGGAAUCGUGAAUUUGUGAAUGAGAUAGGCAUGAUAUCUGCACUCCAGCAUCCAAACCUUGUCAGGCUGUAUGGCUGUUGUACAGAGGGAAACCAGCUCUUGCUAGUUUACGAGUACAUGGAAAAUAAUUGCCUUGCGCGUGCUCUCUUUGUUGAAGAAUAUAGACUGGCAUUGGAUUGGCCAACAAGACGUAAGAUUUGCCUGGGAAUAGCAAGGGGUCUGGCAUAUCUGCAUGAGGAGUCUGCAAUAAGGAUUGUGCACCGAGAUAUCAAGGCUAGCAAUAUACUGCUUGACAAAGAUUUGGAUGCUAAGAUCUCAGAUUUUGGUCUAGCAAAGCUUAAUGAAGAUGGUCACACCCACAUAAGCACAAAAGUAGCUGGAACUAUUGGAUACAUGGCUCCUGAGUAUGCAAUGCGUGGUUAUUUGACAGACAAAGCUGAUGUUUACAGUUUUGGGGUUGUUGCUUUGGAAAUUGUGAGUGGAAAAAGCAACACAAACUACAGGCCAAAAGAAGAUUUUGUUUAUCUUCUCGAUUGGGCUUGUGUUUUACAUGAGAGAGGAACUCUCCUGGAGCUGGUAGAUCCAGACUUAGGAUCCAAUUACUCAACAGAAGAGGCACUCCUCAUGCUGAAUGUGGCUCUCUUAUGCACCAACGCAGCACCUACACUUAGACCAAAGAUGUCCAAUGCUGUGAGCCUGCUCGAGGGCCAUACCCCCCUGCAACCCUUCCUAUCAGAACUCAGCCUUGCUGCAAACAGCCUGAGCUCAAGUGGUCUACGCAGAAAUUUCUGGGAAAAUCCAAAUGAGAGCCAGAGCAUAACGGCACAAGCAUCAUGUAACAACACCAGUGACUCGUCAUCUUUAGAUGUUGAUGGUAGCUUGAGACAUUUUGCGACUUAA